AUGGACUGCUUCUGGGUUAUGCCAUUGUCCUGGAGGCAAAAGGGACCAAGAAGGAAGUGCCCACUGCGCAGAAUGGAGUGGCAGGUUCUGGUGUUGGCUCUUUGCAUGGGUUUGGCUCAUUCGGCCUCUGCAGACUGUGCAGCCCAGUGCUCCAUGUGUACCGUGCAGACCCAGGAUUUGGAGAAGCCCAUCAGUCCCCUGAUCUGUUCGCUGGAGUGUCAGGGCUCCUUGCUGUCCCGUGCGGAGUGGGAGAGGUGCCAGACCGCUCUGGCUCUCCUCGCCCCGCUGAUGGCUGUGGUGGAGGGCCAGGGCCUGUCCCCUCUGGAGGCUGAGGCGAAGGCAGAGCCAAAAGGGAGCCCCAUCUCCGGCGAGCUCCCCAGCGGCCUAGUCAAACGCUAUGGUGGCUUCAUGAAGAAACUGGACAAGAACAAGAUUUUCUCCCUCUUGCGUGAGAACGCCCACAGCAAAGGUGGCAUGACUAAGAAGUACGGUGGCUUCUUCCGCAAGCCGGGGGAGAGGGCGGCCUCUGAGGUGGUGGAGGACUACCCAGAGCAGGAGGCCGGGGAGACAGGCGACCACGGGGAAGAACCUGAGGAAGGAAACCUCAAGGACGAGAUGAAGCGCUACGGGGGCUUUCUCCGCAAGUACCCCAAGCGGAGCUCGGCGCUGGCGCCCGAGGGGGAGGGCCAGGAGCUGGAGGACCUGCACAAGCGCUACGGGGGCUUCAUGCGCAGGAUCCGCCCCAAGCUCAAAUGGGACAAUCAGAAGCGCUACGGGGGCUUCCUGCGGCGCCAGUUCAAGGUGACGACGCGGUCGGAUGAGGACCCCAACGCCUACUCGGGGGAGGUCUUGGACCUAUAG